ACCACAUUGCACAUCGAUAAGUGAUUACGAAAUCGUAAGGCAUUUAAUCAAACAAACAGACAAAGAAACGAAUCCAGCGCACACCGACAUCAACCACGCACAAAUGAAACGUUGUUUGGUUGGGCACAUUGAGUGUGAAAUUACAUUUCGCUCGUGCGGACACAGUUCCAAGUGAAAACAAGAAUGGCACAGCUCUCACUAGAACUGGAAAUGAACAACGUAAUUAGCGAACCAUGGAACAGUGAACAGGCUAUCCGAAAUGAAAGAAAGAAACACGUAGACGCAUUGCAAGCGGUACUGCUUCAGUUAGCAAAAAAAGAGAAUAACAAUAACAAUGAAAGGAAUCGAAAGAAACACUUCGCCACGGCGCCGUUUAUCACCCAGAAAAAAAAAAGUUUGAACGAGAACUUGGAGGAAAGCGCCACUUCCAAUGCGGUGCACUAUGAAAUUGUCCGCGAUUUCUAGUCUCAUUUAGCGCUCGAUUUCAGCGCUAACAAAAGGCCCCGACGAAAACACACGAAAAGCGUUGCGAUCUCAGAACGGGCGCGAGAGCGCAAGCGGAUGAGCGAAAGAUGCGAGCGUGCGCGCACCCGCACAGACAUUUUUCUCUCCAAGGGCGCCCACUUUUCCACGAAGACGAAACAACAAUCUUCGGUCCGGCCCCAGCAGCAGCAGCGGCGGCGGCAAGCGGCGCGCGCGUUCCGAGCGUCGUCUGCUUAGCGCGAAAACGCGCCGCGCGGAGGCGCUAUGCGCAUGCGCGUUUCGAGCCCGUCCGGCCUCGCGCCGUUUUUCGGAGCGGCCGAGCAAGUGGCAUCUCAAACCGCCUGCGAGCGGUGCUUCACCGAACACGUCGAUCGCCGCUUCUCUCUCCUCAAGCAUGUAGUGAGCGGCGGCACCGUCCUUCUGCGCGGACUUUUUUGAGUUUGGUUCUUUUCUUUAGGUCCCACGUUUUUGGUGAGAGAGAUAUAUAUCUUUUUUUUCUUCCCUUCCGGCAUUCUGUGCGCGAACUGCUCCAAAUCCAAUCUCUUCUCCAGCAGUUCCUCGCUUGCGUUCGGUUCUCCCAAACACCGUGAGAACACCGUUAUUUAUUACCCGCUUCCCACGCGAUUUCUUGUUGCGAGUUGCUCGCACUCUCAUCGUGUCGAGACAAGAACGAGCCAAGAAAGUCUGCUUACAGCGCGGGACACCCAGCGUCGCCGAAGACCACCACUCGCAAUCUCGUCAGAAGGUUUCGGGAUCCCCAUCCCCAGUGGACAAGCCGCCGCAUCUCUUGAGUGACGGGGCUUGCGACGCGCCGUGUGUCGUCUUCGCCGCUUCGCUUCUCCACCGCGCGAGUGUUCAUCCAAGCGUCACGCUUUCCCGCGCGACGCUUCCCGUGCCGGGAAUGUCGUCACUCCACGCGGCGCUCCUUCACUUCGCGCCCGCUCGGCGCUGACAACGCACGGACGCACUCGUUAUGCUCUUCGUAGUCGGCGACGGCAACGACGCUUGGAAGCGUUGAUACGACGUCGCCGCCUCCAGCGACAAACUCCGAAUCGCCGCGAAACCACCGAGCGUGCCUCGAGCGUCCGCCACCGCCGGCACGUGUGAGAGGCCCGGCCAACGUCGCUCGUGAAUUCGAGGCGUGCUUUGUUGUUUCUCCUCGGGGGGAGGGAGUGUCUGGUGGUGCAUCGGAAAGGAGAGGGGGGGUCCCUGGCCCCGCGUGCUGUUUGUGUGGAAUGCGCCCUCGCAUCACUGUGUGAGAGGCGGGCGAGCGGCGUCUUAUCACAUUCGCUGUCGGCGCGCGAUAAGCGAGAUCUUCGUCCCCAAGGUGAAGACAGCUUUCCAGGCCGGAGGAGAAAUGGGCUGCACGGGCACCAAACAGAGCAGCGAGUGCGAUGCGGUCGAGAAGGCCGAGGUCAUGGGCAACGCCGAAAGGGCAAUCAAGGCGGCCCUGCUCAUCCAACGCUGGUAUCGCCGCUACCUGGCCCGUCAGGAGAUUCGCAAGCGCUGCUCGUGGAAUAUAUUCCAGAGCCUCGAAUACGCCGGGGAGCAGGAUCAAAUUAAGUUACACAAUUUCUUCCAUGACCUCCUAACCCACCUCUCCAAUGUGAAGCCCUCCGUAGCAGCAGCAAUAUCAAACAGCCCGGCGCAGUCUCUCAGGGGUCGGCCGAAAGAACUGGAGAAGAGCGAGCUGGCGGAGCAGGAGUUGUGGCGCAACACGAACCCCGACGAAGUGGUCAUCGAGGAGGCGUACAGGGGUCCACACCUGCGGCUCCCGCUCACGACGAACCAGGUGGACGCGCUCAUACAGGGCUUCAAGGACCGCAGGACGCUGCACGCCCGGUACGUGCUGCUGGUGCUGCACGAGGCGCGACGCUACCUGCAGACCAAGCCGAACGUGAGCGCCGCCUCGACAGCCUUCGCCAAGCAGAUCACCGUGGUGGGCGACCUGCACGGAAAGCUCGACGACCUGCUCACCGUCUUCUACAAGAACGGCCUGCCCUCGAGGGAUAACCCGUACGUGUUCAAUGGGGACUUCGUUGACCGUGGCAUGCACUCGGUCGAAGUGCUCAUGCUGCUGCUUGUCUGCAUGCUCGUCUGGAGGGACGCCGUCUUCCUCAACCGGGGAAACCACGAAGACUUCAACGUGAACCUCAGGUAUGGAUUUCUCAAGGAAAUAAUGUUCAAAUACACACGGCAGGCCUCCAAGAUCGUGCAGCUGACCGAAGACCUGUACAGCUGGCUUCCCGUGGCGACGCUCAUCGACAACCGCGUCUUUGUCGUUCACGGGGGUGUCUCCUCCGUCACAGACCUCAAGAUUGUCUCCGCCAUCAACCGGCAUCAAUUCGUGACGGUGCUGCAACCACCGCUUCACCACGGUAGCUACAACGCCAACGAAUGGAGGCAGCUGGUGGACCUGCUCUGGAGCGACCCGCGGCCCCAGCCCGGCUGCCGCCCGAACGAGAUGCGUGGCGGUGGCAGCUUCUUCGGGCCGGACGUGACGCAGGCGUUCCUACGGAAACACAAGCUCGACUGGAUUAUCCGCUCCCACGAGUGCAAGCCCGACGGCUUCGAGUACACGCACAACGGAAAGGUGCUGACCAUCUUCUCGGCAUCCAACUACUACGACAUCGGCAGCAACCGCGGGGCGUACGUCAAACUGGUAGGCCCCAAGCUGGUUCCGCACACCGUCAUGUACGUCAGCACGGCGCAGACGCGGAAGGCCACCAUCCAGCAGAGGAGCGGCUACAUCGAGCACAGCGCGCUCAGGGAGCUCAAGCAGCACAUCUAUGCCUGCCAGACGCCUCUGCGGGCAGAGUUCCACAAGUACGAUCCAGAAGGAAAAGGUCAGGUGAGCCUGUCAGACUGGUGCACGGUGAUGGAGAACGUGGUCGGCCUUCACGUCACGUGGCGCAUACUGUGCCCCAAGAUCGCUCAGUGCGACCCGGUCACCGGGGGCGUCCUUUACGAGUCCACCUUCGACGAGUACGCGCUCACCAACAAACUCGCUCAGAAUGGCCCGACCUUCCUCGAGUCGCUGUACAGAAACAAAGACAGCUUAGAAACAAUAUUCAGGAUUAUGGACAAGGAUGGGUCCGGGCUGAUCUCCAUGGAGGAGUUCAAGGAUGCGUGCGACCUCCUGUCCCAGCAUGCCAACACACCCAUGUCCGAGGAGCAAGUCGAGGAGCUGGCAAAGAGCAUCGACAUCAACAAGGACGGCUUCAUCGACUUCAACGAGUUCCUCGAGGCUUUCCGCCUGGUGGACAAGAGGCCGCUCACACCGCCGCCAGCCUCGAAGGAGAGCAACGGUGCACCAUGCAAUGGUGUGGCCAACACCGCGCCCGUGGCCACCAUCGACGAAGACGAAGACACCGAAGACGAUGAGGAUGAACAGGAGUCCUACUGCACGAAGCUCUGAGGCGACAACAUGCAGUGUGGGGGUUGGGCGAUACGGGCUGUCUUUUAUAGCCAAGGCCCUCCGGGACUCAAUCGUGAUGAAGAGUGUGCGCACAUUGUCCAUUCAUCUCAGCCGUGACCACUGUUGGAACGAACACUUGUUGCUGGGCUGAUCCCACUGCCAGAGCGACAAGUUCUGUCAGUGCAGGCAAAAAACGCAUUGCCUGUUUUCUUUGAGAGCAUCUUUUGCAACUUUUGCUGUCUCACCCCCAACAAUGCAGUCUCUUGUUAUGGAGAAUGUGGGGAACGAUGCCCUAAUGUUGGAAAGAGCUGGUGCCACAGCCAAGACAAAGGCUGGAAGGUUGCAACAUGGAAGGUGAAACUGCCAGGUGCUAAAUUGAGCUUAGGAUUGUUGCAACAUCAUUUGUGCAAAAAAAGGACGGGCAAAUUAAUUCCAUAUCGUUUGGAAGGAGAGGAGAGAGGGGAUGUAGAUCUUUAUAAAUCGUAUGUGCAAAAGCAGGACUUGGUAUUCCGUAUGUAGUUUUGUCAUUUAUAAGAGAACAGGAAAACUAAAAAUGACAUGGAAUCCUGCAGGAUUUGUGAAAUAAAAUACUGAGCUAGCUUCAAACAUAAAUUAUAGCACUGCUCUUCAGCCAAUGAGCCUACAGGGUGGUCUUUAGGUCCAACAAACCUAGUAAAGCAGCUCACAACAUGAAUGGAAGGCGUAAGACAAGUAGUAACAUACAGAUGGACAAGCAGGCAUGUCCGGCUACGCAACAGAAGGAAUCCGCUGCUAUUUCAGUGGAUGUGCUAUGCCAGUGUGACAUUCAUUCAUGCAGGAUAAUGCACUAUUUACACCUAUAAGCUCAGACUGCAAAAUGGCUCCUGGCCCACCUGUACGAGCUGUAGACAAAACGCUAGCUGUCACAUUGUUUUAGCAUUGAACAAGACAGAUCUCACGGAAGACUUACUUUUUCACUAUUUUACCACUGUUUUCAAAGCGGGCACAGCAGCCUCUAGAAAGAAUUGGGAGACGUCAUUGUCGCCAUUUUGGUUCUUACCUUUGGCCGGAGCUCAAAAGAAAUGAAUACGCCAGACCUAUGCUGAUGACAAGUGCGUAUUUCAACCUGUGUGAGCAUGUGUGGAAGUCUGACAGCCGUUUUUAGCCAGCAAAGUAUGUUGCCCGCCCAUCUUUUUUUCUGUAUAUAUUUUCAAAACAGCAUUUUAUGAGCCUCACUGCUAAUUUCUCUCCAGCCUCAGCCAAAGGAACAGGAAGCUCUUCGAGUUUCUUAGUUUUGAUUUCAAGCUUACAUUCCUGCAUUGCUAGAGAAUAGUAGUACCAAUAAACCUGUUUGUUCCCCACUAAAUCUUUGCAAAAUAUUACAAUGCCAAAGCAGCUGAAAUCUGAAAGUUUGAAUCUGAAGAGCACAUAAAGCCACGUCACGCAGUUAGCCUCCGUGGUAUUUAAUGAAGUAGACCAAUGAUGUAAUGACUAGAGCACACCGCAAUGCCUCAUAAUGUGAGUAACACCUUCUGUUCAAACACCGCAAAGUGGCAAUUUUGGGGCUGCUACACUACUUCGCAUAAUGUGGGAAGAGCUGCAGUAACAAUGUCGUGACGAAAUGUCAAAACACUUGCACACCACAUACUGCUUCAACCGCUUAGUCUGAUAUGUGCACAUCAAUAUAACUUGGAAACUUAGAGGUAUUGCUUCACUAUGCUUCAACAAGUGGUGCCACGCACCUUGCCAGACAAGUUAAAAGCCACCAAUGCAUUCUGUGUGCUUAGCUCUAGCCUGGCUUGCCCUUUAAGCCAUUCACGUGGCUCUUUGCCACCCUCGAAGCAUGAGAUAUACCGUUUUCUUACGCUUGCUUCCUUUAAUACGAGACCAGUCAAUAAAUUUCAAAGCCAUUACGCACGUGACUGGACCUGUCAUCAGGUCACGUUACAGGACAUCCUAGAAAUUUUGUUGCCCUGAAGAUUGAGAGACAGUACUCCUAGUUUUCCUGACCUUAAGAACACCAGUCAUUUUACAAGAUCUCAACAAGUUCUCGUGACUGACCUUCUCACUCUUGAAGUGGCUUUGGACCUUCUGACAGACUGUACAUUGAAUAUGUUUAAGGUGCUUUAUGGGCUCAGAAGCACACCUAGUGGAAUAGGGGCAGUGCUUCAUUUCGGGGCUGAAAGCUCCUAGCUGCAUUGAUGAUAGUGCUGACUGAAACUAAAGAAGCUUUGUGCAAAGAUUGGUGUCACCUGUAAAGGCCAAAUUGCCUCUAAUGAACGCAUGUCUUAAAUGUGCAUGUAAGGUGAUAAUCUAGGCGGCCUGCAGAAUUUGCUGCAUUAAAUAAGCAUAAAUUAAACAGUUACCCAUUCGGAGAACUCAGGCUUUCACUGCAUGUAUGUUACUGAACAGCAUAAAAUAACCAACACAGGCAGCACCUGUGCUGGCUUCCUUACAUGUUUCUUAUCCUCAACAAUUCACAGUUACAAUGGGUACAAGUGCAUCUUUGAUUGCCAGCUGGGAAAAGUCAGCAUUUUUGUUUUUUACUUCAGUACUUUUGCUGCAUGCAUGGCUUAACAGGUAGUGUGCAGGGGCAAAAUAUUGUAGUAGUUUGACAGUGGCACAAGUCUUGCAUGAUUUUUAUGCAGAAUAUGGCAAACACGUGCCUACAUGCAGGGUCACGUAAGGGUCGCUUAAGAUUAUCAGUUGCUUCACAGUGCCCGUAACAGACACUCAAAUGCUAAAUAUUAUUUCGCGACAGUGUCCUACAUAAGGCACAGUAUUGGGGCACUUGUAUGUAAUAUAGGGAAAUAUGUUAAGAAGUUGCCAGUCAGGUCUUUAAGGUAUACAUCUGCUUCGAACCCCAGCUCUUUUCACAUUGAGUGUGGUGGCCGAUCCAGCUUCAUGUGUAAUCAUUCAGUUCACAAGAGCUGUCACCACACCUUUGAAAGUUGGUGGAAUGAGCUCAGUGAGACAUUAAAUGGCACAUUUAAGAUCCUGGGAUGUGGAACAAAGCAAGCUUCCACCCAUUUUGGGGGCUAAUGUUAACGCAUUGGGCUUUUCACACUCAUACACGCGCACCGCGAGCAUUGUUAACAUCGCUAUGUUGCAAUGCUGCUCUGACUCUCACCACAAAUCAGCCAAGUAUGUUUCACCUCACUCCAUUCUCACGCUUGUGCCAUGUAUCUCCUAUAUGUUGCAUCCUACAAGAGAGACUUGUGAAAGUCAUCCUAUUGAUCAUACUGUCCUUUUCACGUGCGUAUACUAACACAAUUCAAAUGCCCGGCAUCAAUUGCCGAAGCACAUGUAACGCUGUUCUUACAAUUGCGCACUAAUUAUUGUUCACAUGUUGCACACUCCGCACUUAUGUAUAGCCGUGCCCCGCUGCAAUGUGUGUUCUCAAGUGCGCUUGACGCUGCGUUCUGUCUGGCGACUGUUUUCUGUGCUUGCUGUGUCCAUGUAUAUGUCUAUAUGUGUGUACGCAUGUGUACCAUCCCUGCACUUAUACCAUGUCUUAUGAUUUUACCAGCUGGUUUGAAACGGUGGUCCAGAGACUGAAAUAGAAGGCAUUCGCCUCAGGGUCCAACUUGCUGCCGAGCUCUACUCGAGAUUCCCAUUCGCGCACUGCUGUGCAUUUUAUGUCACUCCAAGGCCGAAAGAAAGAUGGCCGUAAAACCACCGGAUGUUUCCAUGCCAGACCUGAUAAGAAAGGAAUGUUUUGUAAUCAUGAAACAAAGUAAAAGGGCAAGUAACCGCCUUUUCCAAACUAUUUGCCUACUUGGGGGACAUUCAAAAGACAUUGUCAGCUUUAUCACGAAAUGCCAUGUGGGGUGGCAAUUUUCUUUUUAAGGCUCUCCAAAAGGCAAGACGUUAUAUUACCUAGCUGGGCAAUAUUAAAGAUAUUUAAUAUAGGACAUCCAGCCUACAAUACAAGGAACAUCCGCUGGUUUUGCACUGACAAGUGCGCAUUUGUUUUGACUUUCACAUACGCGCUUAAGCUGACCUGAUAAAUGCAACUUAUCUCCCAAGUGCCGCAGCCCACACAGCCUUCAGGAUUUUGUGAUUUAUAAUUUGUAGACUGAUUGCACACAUAUAGUCACAGCACUUUAUCUCUGCGGGAAAAAAAAUUAUAGGCAUAAAAUACAGGCAAUUUAGCCCUAAAUAAGGUAACCACACGAUAAAGAUGCGAUGCCUUUUUCCUGAAGACAGACGUACAGGUGCGUCUAUGUUUGCGCACAUGGUUUACACGUUGGCUCAUGAUAACGAUGAUCUGGACUCAGACCCAGAGGUUUUGGAAACAAAUCAAGUCCAUCAAAUAAAAGUCAGCAGCUAGGGCACUUACUUACCUGCUAGUGAAAUGAAUGGCCACCAGUUAACAGAAGGAUGUUUCAUAUUGUGGUGGCAACUUUGUGUAUGUCUCUUAAUUUUUGCUUUUUUAGGAACCUUGCAAUAAAGCAGUAGCUUAUGCACAAACCUAUUGUCCACUGUAGUUAGUUCAGAAUGGACACUUAGUGAGUACAGAAUUGCUGAAUAAUCGCACAUUCUUAGCUAAUGCUAUAUGGAAACGAGCAUUGUGAUACAUGUUUCGAGUAAGCAACAACAAAAGAAGUGUGAGUACUUCACAAUGACGGCUUCAUUUUGUGGUUGUCUUCGUCAUCUUGGCUUAAGUCCUCUUGGAGUUGCACGACAGAAAACAUACGGUGAAACACUAAAGAAUGGCGCACGAGAAUUCCUCUGUCAAAUGAAGGCUGUGAGGGCUGCUGCCUUUGUGUGAAUCUCGUGUCCGUGUGACCGUACCCUUUGUUGAAAAAGAUAUACUAGUACUAGGCUCUAUUACACUCUUUUUCAGCACUCUUCAUGGCAUAAUGUAGCUUCUUUAGAUGUUGCCUUUUUUUGUACCAUCACAAUUACACAGCUGAAUUUGCACAUUUCUGACUGUGUGUGUCAUGGCACAUAUAUUAUAGGUAAUGCCACUUUUUUCGCCAUGCUAUUGUUCUCCACUGUUGUUCCUCAUUCAACAUGCGCUACCUCCGUAGCUGCGCCAUCUAAUGCUAUCAAUGCAACAAACCCGGUGCUCCUCAGCGGGACGCACAUUUGUUUAUGACUGUUCCUGAGAUUUGUGCUAUUAUAUCUUGUGUAUGAUAUGAGAGGUAUAGCCCCCCUGAUAGAUUAGCGAACAUUAGAAGGUUUAGUGCUCCCGAAAUGUAGAUUGUGCAGAGUCCGCCAAGUUGGAGAGCCAUAUGUUUUCUUUUCUAACGACUGUGUGCCAAGCCGUAUGCAUAGCACAGGCUUCAGAAUGCGGCUCAUUCUUCAGAGACACAUAUAAGGCCGCGACCUGUUGCCUUCGUACUUCAGAAGUGUUCGGAAUCCAGUCAAGAGGUUAGAAAUCAAGUGGUAGAAAAGUAGUCGCUCAUCACAUGCUCGCUGAAAUGUGCUAUCUGAAUGCUCGCCUUAUCGUCAUCACUCUAAAUCAGUGCUCCAAGAUGAAGUGUCAGAGGUCACAGUUGCGUGUGUGCUAGCUAGAUCCAUUUACAUGUGUCCAUAUACUAUCCGCAAAUCUGUUACCACAUUGUUUGAAGAAACAGGUAUGUCACUGUUUCUACGCAGCUGUGAGAACAGACAAUUACUUUGCUUACGCUCUUGUACAGAUGUUUAACUUAAGCAUACGACCAUGAAUGGUAUUAACGUAUAUAUUAUACUUCAUCUUAUCUUUUCUUGCUUCUAUGUCCCAUCUUUUAGAGCUUAAUUCCCAAAGCAUUUACUCAUUCCAGCUUGUUAAGCAGCCAGAUGUUCUGCUAAUGUUGCCAUUCCACAAAUAUUCUGUAUACCAUAAGUGCUGUGCUUUAACAUCGGCAUUUAGCACACCCUUCCUAUACGUACAUUCUAAUCAGUGGCAGCAAUGUUGGAUGUAGGUGCUAAACAGAAUGAAAUAGUGUUCGGAGAACCACUCGAAUAUGCACUGGUGGCAUGCACACUGACAGUGCAGCACUGGUUGAAAGUAUGCAGGUCGUUGGGUGCAUCAUCAUGAAGAGAAAAAUUUAGUCUAUUCAGAAUUUUCACAGAUAUUUACCUUCAUAAAGAUUCUAGUCUUCAAACAGCUUCUAUAGGCCCUCAAAUCUUUCCAUGAACGGGAUCAAUGGUCUGCUAGUCCAUGUAUAAGGCCAAACACAUAUACGGUCCAGGGGCGAUAUUCUCACACGAUCACUUUUGGAGAUACUUUCACUUUUGUGAGUUCUCACGAAACUACUGUCAGACGCUUUCAGGGACUAUGGACCACAGUGUUCUGGCAUUCAGCUCGCCAGGAACGCUGUCGCUCGCAGAUGCCAACGCGUCCAGAACUAGCAUCAUGAAAUCUCGCAAAAGUGAAUGUAUCUCUGAAAGUGAUCGCUUGAGAAUGCUGCCCCAGUAGACAGUUUGUGGACUUGUGGUCUUACGCUAGUAUCCAUAAGAUGUCUAGAUUAUGCACAGGCAAAAGUAAAUCUAUAGGAAUGGAAGUGGUGGAUCUCUUGUUAUGCUGUCAAGCUUAUCCUCUCCCCCCCCUCCACAUUUUCAUAUUACUCUAUAAAGACCACUAUGUCCUCCACUAUGCUCGGUGCACACAGGAGUAACCUACUGCACUUCCUGGAGGCUGUUCCAUGCAAGAGGAGUGACCUGCACUCUUUCGACAAUGAAUGUAUGCCAGUGAUGGCUUGUUGAAUCAAAGGAGGGAACAUGCUCAAAGCUAGCUAGACCGGAUGGUAAAGAUACCCACCCGCUUGAGUGGUAUGCUACUUGGCACCGACAAUCGCUGCGGCAGGCUGGCGACGCCAAAAGCUCUAAAUGCAAGCUCUUGUGUUUCCAUUCCACAUUUUUUUCGCUGCCCUUACUUGAUUGGUUGCGGCUAAUGGCAAAGGUACGUGCGGGGGCCAUUGGUAUCGAGCAUUGUAUAAUUCCGCUGUGCUUAACCUAAGUGUCGUGCAUGAGGUCAGUCUGGGGUGCAAGUCAUGCUUUCGCCGUUGCCACAUGCACCUUUCUGCAGGCUCAGCUAUCUUGCACAUUCUGCAUAAUGUGCCGGUUUUCACCAAGCUAAAGGUUUCUCUGUUAAUUCCUUUUUUCAUCCCUUGUGGCAUUCAUCAACCCUCAUUUAGAAGAGACUAUCUCAGCCUUUCAAGAUCGCUAUAUGAAUGAAAGAGCAAAGAGAAUAUUAUAUAGUAUUAUAUAGCAUUAAGGCAAAAUCAAGUCAAGUGCACCUCUUCAACAAAAUUUUUGAAUACCAGGUUGAACACGUGCCUCAGGCAAUGUCUAGAGGUUUUCUGGUUUUCAGUGCAUACAUUACAGCCCCCAUUUGCAGUCUGCAAGUUGCUAGUAGCAGUGUCAUCAAACUACGCAGUCCCUGGUCUUGACCAAUUCCAAAGGUACCGUCAAAUUAUAAGGACAUGGCAAAUAUCCCCUAAUUAUUUUCAGUGCAUCACUGUGUUUCUGGCAAUCCUCUUCACUUGAUGUGUGAUCAACUGCACAUUUCUUUAAGGAUAGUCAAGAAUUCAAUAGUGACACUUGGUAGCCUAUACAAAUGUAAGGUUAUAAAACCCUCAUGAAUAAGGAUGAAAGGAAUACCAGAGUAUCUUUGCCAUCUACUUGCUUCGAAGUGGCACACGUAACGCCACAUUUUCUUUCCCUUUUUCUGAUCUGAUGCAGUUUUUUGGAUUCAGGGCGGCAUGUCUCAGCAAAAUUCCUUCUUGGUGCUCUUUUGCCACCUUCUUGAAAUAAUAUACAGAUAUAGCUCUAGUCAGAUGCUGUCAUAUAGUACGAGUUUGAGCCAAACCACGCCACCUUAAUGCUAAGUUUCAUAGCUACUUGCCAAACUAUUUCAGUACUGCGCAGUUAGCUGAGUUUCGCAGAAUAAAUUAGUAGACCAUUACCAUGAAUCAAUGGAUGCCGAGAUCAACAUGUAUAAAAUCAAAGAAAGGGUUGUUGAAGGGGACUGUAAUGCUCGUUUUGAUCUAAACGCAGACGUGACAUACAGCUCUCGGACAUAAGAUUUCUUAAAAAAUGGCCAUUGCUGCUAUUGCACCAUGUGUCACAGGGGCAUGGGAUCAAUUUGUAGAAAGAGCUGCGCAUUGAUACUGCUUUGCUAUGAUUUGUUUUUGUUAGCCCAAAUAUGAAAGCGCCAGUUUAAUAAGGAACUGAAGUGCACUGGCUGCGGCAUGUUAUACAUGCACAGAACCACUGGAAGCAUGGAAAGUGUGCCGCGAUGAGACACAAGUGUGUGACCCAAGUUUCCUGCUGUGUGCAUAUCUGUAUGUACAUACAUCUCCCCAAGUUAAGCCAGUGAAGUGAUACUGUGGUAUGCACUAUAUGCACCCACGUCCAGCACAAAGAUAAUAAACUUGUUAUUUAAGCAUAA